GAAACUUUUAAAAGAGCCCACCACCGAUUUCAUUCUCAGCAAAAAGGCAACAGUGUUAUUAUGAUGCUCAGUGUUUUUAUAGGUUUUCUGUUAGGAUUGUGCUGGAGCUCAUCUACUGUGGAAGGUGUAGAGUUUCUUCUCAGAGGAGACUCUAUCCCAACUGAUGGCAGUGGACGUCUUCUGAUAACUGGUAUCAGUCUCCACAAAUGGACAGAAUAGUACUAGUGAUGAUGAUGCUCUCUUCUGUCAUGCAACUAAAGAUGUUGCAAUGAUCCGUGAAUUAAACAUAGGUGACUGGUAUCUAGAGACUGACUUUGAGACUACCACUCCCUAUGGAAAGAGAAUUGAUGGUGACAAUGAUCAAGGCUGGACUAGGAGCAGAAGUACUGUUAACAUACUGAACAUUAGCUAUCGACUAGUGAGAUUAAGGAAAGUGUCAGAGACUGCCGUUGAGGGGAAAUUCACAUGUCAUAUUCCCAGAGAUAGCAACAACAACAAGUCUCUUCUCAUACUAUACCCCAUCUUGUCAGUGGAUGCAGUCAUUGAGGUGGUAACUGAAGAUCAAUUCAGAGUCCACUGUAUCUCCACUGGUGGUAGAGUUCUGAAUAUGUCUAUCACUGGACCACAUGGAGUGGUCUCUCCUCUCAGUAAUAUACAGGCAGUUGGCACUCAGAGAUGGAUGGGUAAUGAUAGCUACUCUGGUGUCACUGGGACACUAGAAGGUGCAGAUGAUGGAGACACUUACAACUGUACUGCAUCUAAUGGAGUAUCAUCUGCAACUGACAGUAUUGUAAUAGGAGCUGUCAGUAAACCAGUGAUAGAGUCACUAGAGAGGGUCUCCCCCACUGUUGUGAGAGUGGAGUGGAGUCAGCCACCAGGAGGGGCCGCAGUAACUGGCUAUGUUGUGUUCUACUAUGAUGGUAGUGUUACUAGGAAUAAGAGGGUACCCUCCACUAGUACUGAGAUCACAGUUAGCUCUGCUACAUUAAUUUACGUCAUCUCAGUGAUGGCUCUCUCAGAGGAGCCGUUCCUCCCUCGAAGGAGUGCCUGGCAGACUAUCACGCUGUGUAAGUGUUACGAUGAACACACACAACAAAGGGCUACACAAACACAGCACUUGCACCUUUAUAUGGAAUUAAUAAAUCCCAACACAUCUAGCAACACAAACACAACAUAGGAUAGUAGACCCCCCUCUACCACCCAGGGAGUCCAGAAGGUGUGGUGGUGGAUGGCUCAGAGAGAAGCUCGGUCAGAGUGUCCUGGGAGGCAGUGGAGGAUGCUGACUACUACACAGUCUCAUUCAGUGCAGCAGUGGGAGAUGAUCAGGAGGGACGUGUAGAGAUGAUUCUCAUUCUGCUAAUGUGACAGUAGUGAUGUUUCCCACUGCCAGUAUUACUGUGGGGGAAGAUGAUGUAGGAUCAAAUGACACCUCCUCGUUGAGAGCAUACACCACAUACUCAGUCACUGUGGUAGCAUUCAGUGACAAGUGGGGCAAAACUGUGGGGAGUGAAGCUACCAGAGUGACUACGCUUCAGAGAGGAAGUGCAGCAGUUACUGGCAGAGUCACAGUCGGUUCUCUUAGCUCCACAGUCAUCUCAGUCCAGUGGAGUGGCCUCUCUCCAUGUAGACUUGUCAAUGGUGUCAUUGUAAGAUACAGAGUACAGUACAGGGCCAAGUCCAGUGGAGUGGUAGCUGGGAGUAAAGAAGUGGCAGGAAACUGGAGCUCAGGAGCAGAGACUGAACUGAGUGGGCUCACUCCCUCCACCAACUACUCCAUUGCAGUAGCUGCAGUCAAUGAACAGGGAGAUGUGGGUGUCUACAGUCAUCCUGUCACUGUGAGGACACUGCCAGGUUCAACAAGUAAAGAGUCAAGGAAUUCUGUUAUUAUCGGUGCUACCAUGGCAUGUAUUGGAAUAGUAUUGGGAUUUAGUGGAGCUGUCAUUGGAUGCCUUUUCUAUAACAGGUCAUCACUAGAGCAACGAGUUAACACCAAAGUGAACACAGAGGAUAAUCAAGCAUAUGGUGUGCACGAAACACCAAAUCCUAAUGAGUCAUCAACAGAGGAGACAAAGGACGAGUAGUUUGCACUAUCACUAGAGCAGAUAGCUAUACCUUUAUAGCGUGCUGACAGUAUGUAGCUGUGAGUGUGUAGUUUUAAUUUUCAGUGUUUUAAUACAGUGAAUUUACAGUGAGUUAACUCACUUCCAUUUACACACG